AUGGAUGUCAAGCGAUGCUACCGAGUCCUAGAGCAAGCCGACCUCGAGUACGACGGCAAGGAGGAGUACAUCACCGUGUACGCCAACCCGAAAGUGAUCAUCCACUCCCCGAUGACUGCACUUUGGGCCCAGUCCAACGAAGGUGAGAAGAAGAUUGACAUGAAGCAUGCCCCCCUCAGAGUGUAUCUCAGGGCCCUUGCUGGACAUGGACCAGGUCAGGCCGGUACCUAUGACGGAGUCACGUACUGUUUCGUCUGUAAGCUCUUCCCUCGCUUCCCCGACGGAUAUCCAGUACCGGAUUCUGCUAGAAAGUCCCCAAGGCCCAUAGAUGAGUAG